GAAAUUUCUUGAUUGAAGAAAAAAAAGAAGUGGAAAUCACGGGGGAAUUUCUGAAAUUUGUCCUCAGGGUGGAAGUACCUUGUUGAGUUGUUUCCUAGUUUCCUCAUUCCAAAUAAUUUGGAUCACCCUGUAUAUUUUGAUUAUCUACGCUAAUAUAUGUCAAAGAAAGUAUUUAAAAUGUGUAUAAAAAUACUGUACUAGGAAGUAGGAUUGAAUAAAUGAAUGAUUAUAUACAAUGUGUGCAUUAACCUCAGGAAGGAAUAUUCCAAGCUCCCAACCAACAUUUUGCUUCCAACUACACGAAGAACCAAUACAUUUGCGUAUAGCCCACGUUUUUUAAUUUUGCACAAAUGAUCCAACUUUGAUACAAACAAUACAAACAUCCCUGUUUGUAAUUGUUCUUUGUCCAAUAUCAAUUUUGCCGAAGCUUCUGUUGAUUAAGGAUUAUUUUUAAUCUUUGAUCUAACCUGACAAGAAAGUAGAGGGUUCAGGGUUCAUCUGUUUCCCCUCUUUUUUUUUCUCUUCGGAAUUUCCCUCUUACAAAAGUCUUCAAUUUGAUCAUUUCAAAGAGAAUUAUGAGCUGGAGAAGGGUUCUCAAGUCAUUUCAAACGGUUUCAGCUCAUGGGUUUCUCUUCACUUUCACUUUGCUCCUUACUCUCAAGCUUGAUCACGCCAUUCAUUGGUCUUGGUGGUCCGUUUUUCUUCCUCUGUGGUCAUUUCAUGCUGUUGUAGCAAGAGGCAGGUUCUCCUUACCUGCCCCUUCAAUGCCUCAUGAUCGCCAUUGGGCACCAUUUCAUGCUGUUGUGGCGAUGCCAUUGCUUGUUGCUUUUGAACUACUACUCUGUAUAUAUCUUGGAAACUCUGAUGCUGUCAAUUUGAAGAUUGUAUUUUUGCCCUUAGUAGCAUUUGAAGCAGCGAUUUUGGUUGAUAAUGUUAGGAUGUGUAGGGCUCUAAUGCCGGGUGAGGAUGAAAGCAUGAGUGAUGAAGCAUUGUGGGAAACACUUCCUCACUUCUGGGUGGCAAUCUCCAUGGUCUUCUUCAUUGCUGCAACAAUUUUCACUCUGUUGAAGCUCUGUGGUGAUGUGGCUGCUUUGGGUUGGUGGGAUUUGUUUAUCAACUAUGGUGUUGCAGAGUGCUUUGCAUUCCUCAUCUGCACAAAGUGGCACAAUCCUGCGAUUCAUAGAAGAUUCAAUACCAGAGUAGCCACCUCUUCUUCAACUACUCCUUUAUAUCUUAGCUGGAACAGAGGAUUAGGGGUAUCAUCUGAUGAAGAUUACCAACAAAGCAGAGUGUGCAGUUUGCAGGACAUUGGUGGUCAUUUUAUGAAAGUGCCUCUGAUUGGUUUCCAAAUCCUUCUUUUUAUGCGAUUAGAGGGGACACCAACCAGUGCCAGACGUAUCCCAAUUCCUCUCUUGUUUGCUCCCCUUCUAUUUUUGCAAGGAGCUGGGCUUCUGUUUGCCAUCUAUCGACUUUUGGAGAAAGUCAUUAUUCUCGUGCAUAGUGACACUGGUGCAAGAAUGUACUCCAGUUUGUCCACUAUGGUUAGGGACUAUUUGGGAUUCAUGCAUCAUGGGUCAAGGUUGUUGGGUUGGUGGUCGAUUGAUGAAUCAAGUAGAGAAGAACAAGCGCGUCUUUAUUACUCUGCAACUUCUGGAUACAACACGUUCUCACCCGAUACUGUUAAGAAAGUACCCAAAUCUGAUCUUGCAGAUGAGAUAUGGAGACUUCAGGCAGCAUUAAAUGAACAAACAGAAAUUACACGAUUUAGUCAGGAGGAGUUUGAAAGACUCCAAAAUGAGAAAAUUCUUUGUAGAGUUUGCUUUGAAGAACAGAUAGACACUGUUUUGCUCCCUUGUAGGCAUCACAUUAUAUGCAGCAUCUGCUCUGAGAAGUGCAAAAAGUGUCCUGUCUGCCGUGUAUAUAUUGAAGAGCGUAUGCCAGUAUAUGACGUAUGAUCACCUCUCCCAGCGGGGAAGCUGUUUACCAGUGGUGAAUGCAUAUUUUGGCCAAAUUUCUCCAGUUGAAGAACUGAAGAAGCUUUCAUUGGAUGGCUCUUGGGUGUCAUUCUUUGUAGCACCAUUUCAGGUGACAUUCUUCAUCACUGGACUUGCUUCAAUAGGGCACUUGUCUUCUAUUUUUGCAGCAAAUUCAUCAAAACAUUCAUCCAUGGUUCGGAAGGUCUCGUCUGGGUACAAACUACUGAUUUCUACUUCAUGAGGUUCAUCCACUGAGAAAUUUAUCUGACAACCCUUUAUGAAAAUGUCAUGUGUGAAUGCUGCAACAAUGCUUUGUGGGAUGACAUUUUCUGCACAAUCAAACCACAUUUACUAAUGUUAGGUCAAAAUGCAAUCACAUGCUCCAAUUGAGACUCUAGGGUGUAGUAGGUUUAUCUCACCUUGCGCUGCAGCUAAAAGGUCGUUUUCGGACACAGUCACCCUAGGAAGAGUACGUCCGAUUUUGUUUUCCCACAAAGAAGCAAGUUCAUUCAUGCUAAGAAAAUUGCACUUUGGUCGGAAAUGAACAGUCUUGUUCACUGUCCGAACAUCACUAGCCGCUUUGAUAGUCAACCUUCCUAUAUCAACUCCAGCUACAAAAUAAGCUGCCAAACAAAGGAGGGAAAACCCAGAAUUGGAAGUCGAAACCUUAUGUUUGGUAUACAUAACAAAAAGUACGACAGAAGAUCUCAUCUGUAACACAAUUUAGUGGAAAUGCAAAGUAGUACCUUUGAUGUUGCCAUCGCCAUAGAUUUGGAAAUGGUGGAGAGGCGGCAAAACGUCAGAAGGGUGGGUAUUAUCAUAGUAAGGCCAAGAAGCAAUGGAAUUACAGCAAAUGUAAGUGUAGGGUAUUCCUAAUUCCUCAGUCAACCUUCUCACUUUUCUUUUUUCUUUGUACAUUCUCAGUCCUGGCUCAACCGGAUCCGCUCUGUCGACAUCGUGACCAAACUCCGAUGGCAAAAAUCUCUACAUUAACCCAUAAAUGUGUGUAUAAAACAUAAGUUACACAAUACUCCUUCCGUCAUAAAAUGAUUAUUCAGUUUGGAUUUUUACUUUUAGUACGUUUACCUUAAUUUUUGUCCCAGCAGUUUUGAUGGCGCGGAUGAGAGUAAGUUGAUCAAGCAAAUUUCCACCUCCAACAACAGAUAUAACUAUAUCAAUCUCGUUCUCUUUCAACAUCUUCUCUAACAAUGCUUGAUCAUCAUUUAUAGAACCCUGAUCACAAAAAUUAGCUUUGUAAGACAAGACUUGAAAAAAAAAAGAAGAAAAAGCAUGCAGGUUUAAUUGAUUUGAGCAAUAUUGUACGUGGAGGAUAAUGGCUCCUUGAUCUUGGAAAGCUUUGAUUGCUUGGGCCUUGGGAUGAUCAUCACCAUCAAACGCCGGCCGGCGGCUGAGAAUAUAAGUCGGCAAGCCUGAAUCAAGGCUUGCUUGGAUUAUGAAUCGGCCGAUGAAACCAGUGGCUCCAAUGAUCAAGACUUUGUUUCUUGCAUCAUCAGCUUGACGAAGUAUAGGAUUGUUUGGAGGAGGAAAAACCGAUGUCAUUUUUAGCUCCAAAAGAAAAUUAGUGACUCACAAAUUCACAAAGCUACUACAAUGUGAUUAGGAUUUUGCUUCGGUUAUAUGUAUGUACUAUGUAGUGACUUUACUUCCUCGAGGCUAGAAACU